AUGUUUCAUGAAGCAAAGCUUGACUCGGCUUCUGCAGCGGAAAUCACUUUGUGCGAAAAGCAAGUAUACAAUGCUUGCGCCGCAUUUCUUGAUUAUUUCCCAGAAAGAGACAGCGUAUUUGCUUUGACAACUUGGGGAACAAAAGGUCGGUUGUGGGUAGUCAAUCGAGGCACUAAACACCUAAUUCCACGGUUCCUAGGUCCAGAAGUUUUUAGCGCUCACUAUAUUGAGGCUAGUAGCACUGCUGCGAUGUACUUGAAAAAGUCACUGAGGUCUCUCCAUAACUGGAAAGAUUCGAGCUCAGAUACAAAAGCCCGAGAUAGAGCUAGAACAGAAGGAGGAGAGACAGAAGGAGAAUGGCCAGAAGGAGAAUGGCCAGGAGGAGGAUGGCUAGAAGGAGCUAGAUCAAUAGGAGCUAGAUCAGAAGGAGCAGGACCAGAAGGAGUUGAGCCAGGAGGGGCUGGGCCAUGUAGACCAGCUACAUCCUACCAGGGACAAGGCAGUAGAGAGUCUACUGUGGACUACAGCCAGAAGACAAACUCAUCGGUUGGUCAAGUUGCACCGGCUUUCGUAGGCACAUGGUAUUAUGAAGAAAAGAAGAAUCAUGUGUAUUACAAAUUCCGUAUUCCAGAUUCUGGCAAGGAAAUCAAGACUAAGGCAAGUCAGUGGAAAGCCGCCUAUCAAGAGGGAAUACCAUGUUUAAUGUACACCAGAGAAGAAACAGGGCGACAAUAUUACGUGUGGGAGCUGGGAGCUACUAAGGCACCAAUUACAAGGGGAUAUAGGUAG